CAGUUGGAGGCCUACAUCCUCAACAUGAAGACCACAAUUUCUGCCCUCGUCGCAGCCAUCUGCCUCACCGUCUCCCCAGGGGACGCAGCAUCAAUGGAAGGAGCUUUCGUGAAUGCCACACGGAUCAUCCCUCCUCCCGAUGUGACGUACUACAUUGUGAAUGGGACAGCCACCAGGGAUAUGAUGAUCGCUGCUGUCUCAUCUUACAUCGCCACCAUGACGGAAGGGUUGGGCUACCAGACAGCCAACUCAGUCCGGGCGACCUACAACACAAUGCGUCACAUGGAGCAGGGUGUGCAACACGACGUCUACGAGAUCCAGAAUGGGGCUAAUGUAACAUUCGAUGCCUCAUUGUCAGGGCUGGCAGUGUGCUACCGCAACUUCUCAGCUGCUGUCAAGAACGGUCUCAGAUACACGAAGCACUUCAGUUCACAGGGGAACUUGAGAACAGGUGCUAGACAGCAGAAGGAGAUCCGCAUUUGGGAUCUGGAUGAGGCGUUCGUCCACCUGCCAGAGACAGUGGCACCAGAGCUGCAGAAACUGCACGAUUGGAUCGUCGAAUUUGCGUACAUCGGCAUCUCAAAUGCCACCGCCGAGCUUCCGGCUGUCAUGGAGGACCUUCGAGUGCAGUACCUGUACCCCGACGUGGCGGCCGCCAUGGUGAAGGCUUACAACCUCCAACAGAGCUACGACGAUCUGUUCCAGCAGUACACUAACCCAGACAUCUACAGCGAAUACGCUGCAGCCCGCGACGAACUGCUUUCCCUGGAAAUUGAGUGAAAUCUGCAUUCACAGGCAACGAGCAGAUGUUGGUUAUGUCAGCAUCAGAAUACAUUUUGACACUAUGAGUAGGGAUGUAUUGGUCAAUAAAUAGCACUUACGCACGUUAAA